UCUGGAAAUUGAUUAUUUCAGAAGAGGUAGCGUGAAUAAAUUGGUAAGUCGAUAAGGAGACGCAGUUCGCGAUGGAGAGCCGUUCGGACAGUAUAAAGGAUCCAAUUUAUUAUCCUUCGAUGGAAGAAACAGGGGAGGGAUUCGGUACAAGUACGGACGUCGAAACGGUGGAAAGAAGCAGAAGUUCCGCUGGUAGUCAGGAACUUGGUCUUGAAGAAACUAACGCGUUGAAAGUACCGCGUAAAUUUAUCACUAACUGGCGACAAGCUUGCGAUCGUACUCGCGACAGGACAAAGGAUUUACUGAAGAGGUGGCGUACCGUUUCCAGCAAUAUCGACCAAGUUAUUGCCGUUCCAGUUUCUGACAAGCAACUAGAACAACAUCCCAGUUGGAGCGUACACGUUUGGACAACAUGGGUGAGUCGGUAUCCCAGCGACGAGAAUCUGAUCGCUCUGGAAAAAGCUACGAAGGAAGGAAAAAUAACAGAUCUAGCAACCAUUCAACGAGACAAAUUCUCUCAUUUUUUCACUUACCUUCUGGACCACGAUAAAGACGGUUUCGUUAACAGGAAGGACUUUAGGAUGCUUUCGGAGCGAUUGAGAAGAUUCGCGGAUUGGUCGUGGAACGGACCCGAGUAUUUACGAUUGAUGGAAAUUGAACAAGGAUUAGCCGAAUUGAUUCUUCAGGAAAAGAAAUUCGAAGGAGACGAAGGAAAGAGGAUCAGUUUGGAAGAGUGGUUAACCUGGUGGGCAAAAAUCGUUGCACCACCCGGUGGAGUAGCAUACGAGGACGUUCCUUUCUGGCUGAAAAUGUUGCCGAAAAUAUUUUUCCUGGCUAUCAAUAGCUCUGCCACUGGAAUCAUUUCUAAAAAAGAACUUGGUUCUUUUUACGGAUCUGUCGUUGGCCUGGAUUCCGACAGGAUUUCCAAGUGCUUGGACAUCGCGUAUAAUUCAUUGACAUCGAACGGGGAUCAUCAGCUGCGUUGGCCACAAUAUCAACUCGCAUUCGCCAACUUCCUCUUUGGUCGUGGCCCUUUUGGUCCCGGUGAACAUUUCCUUGGUAUGACGGAUUUCUGCGUAAAUCGAGGCAACGACGUACCAUUUCCGAUCGAUUAUUCCGCGAUGAACACACCGAGGGAUAAAUUGGAAGUAUACAAUCCACACCUCAGAACUAGUCGGCGCAGCGUCGUAGUUUGAAACACGGACGAGACGUUCAAUGAAGCGUAGGGAGGGCUUCAUUGUUUCAGAUUUUCACUUUGGCAGACCGCGUUUUCGUGAAAAGAAAUCUGCAAAAGCUGUUGCCUCUCAACGACGAUCAAUAAAAAUGAUCUAGUUUCGGAAAA